AUGUCUUCAUCUUUAUUUAUUCCUAUUAAAUUACCCGUAGAUGAUAGGGAUAAAGUUGAUAGUUUAAUAAAAGAAUUACAUAAAAUAAAUUGGGAAAAGGGUGAAUAUUAUUUUAAUAAUUUCAUUGAUUAUUUUCAAUUACCGCAAAUAAUUCGUGUUGAACAAGUAUGGAAUACAGAUUUGAUUAAAAAUCAAUGGAUGUAUUUACAAACAAUAUUUGAUCGUUAUUUAAUUACUGCGUCACUUUUAUGCGAUAAAAAUAAAUUAUCAAGAAAAAAAUAUCUUAUUCCGGAUUGGUUUCAAGGCGAAUGUCGUAUAUUAUCAAAACAACCUACGUUAAAAAGACGUUGGUGGGUAUUUCAAGGUGCUUUUGAAUUAUAUCGUUUUGAUUUGCCACGUUCAAUUCGAAUUCUCUCUCUAACACCAGCACAUAUUAAGUCAGCAAAUGAUGAAUGGAAAAAAGUUAUUCUAUCUAAAAAUGCUCAUUUUAAUGUUGUUCGUCGUGAACAAUAUCAAUCACGUGUUCACAAUGGUAAAGAUAAGGUAUUUAUUAGUGAACCAAAAGAAGCAUUUGUACUUCAAAAUCCAAAUACUAAUGAGGAAUUUAUAGUUCCACCUGGUGUACCACUACGUUUUGCAACAUUAAUCGAAAAUUUUGAGUUACAUAGUGAAUAUCAAAAUCACAGUGGAACAUUUACAUUUCCAGAGAUAAUGAUGCGCUAUGAAUUUCCAAUUGAUAUUGAAAUUUUAACACAUUUACCCAUUGAUUUACCUGAUUUUAAACCACAAGUUAGAUUAGAAAAAUUUUGCGUAGGAAAAUCAGUAUUAGCAUAUAUUAUUGACAAUGAACAAAUAAAAAUGAUUGAACUUUCGCCAUUAACUCAUUUUACUAUUCGUUGUGCUAAAUGUUUAACAUAUGGUUUAUUGCAAGACGAAGAUAAAGAUGUAAAACAAGAUAACUUCGAUGAAAAUGAAUAUCAAGCGUACGAAAACAUUCGAAGUAAGAUGAACACUAUUUUUGAUGGCGUAGCUGCAAAUCAUAGGAGUAAAAUUCAAUUGAGUUCAAUGGAAGAGACUGAAUGUGUGGAAACAGCUUAUGAUAUAAGUAUGAAGAUGAGAGAUGAUGAAGAAAAACCAAUACAAAAAACUUAUAUAACAUUGGGUGAAGCAUUGGAAGUUAUUAAACAAAAAAAGAAUGAUGACAGGCCUUUUUCAAAAAUACAACCAAAACGAUUUACAGUUCAUGCCAGUGCUGAUCCAAGUAAUCCAUAUAACGAAAUUAUCGAUUAUGAAAAUAUGGAUGCUUUAAAUAAGACUAAUGAUGAAAGUAAAUCAAGACAAUCAAAAAAAGAUGAUAAUGAAAUAAAAUCAUCAUCACGAUCUAAAUCUCGACGAUCAAAAAACGAUGAUAAUGAAAUAAAAUCAUCAUCACAAAAAUCAUCACGAUCUAAAUCUCGACCAUCAAAACAUGAAUUCAACAAACGUCCAGCUCUUGUUGUUCAACAAUUGCCACCGCCAAUGUUGUUACCACCUGAAACUUUUGAAAGAACAGUAAAAGCUAUUCCUGAUAAACUUUAUACUGAACUUCUUCCAGCAACAAAAUCACAAAAAUCAAACAAAACACAAACUCAGAAGUCGUCGAAAUAA